GCUUGUGGGGUUAUAGUGGAGCUAAUCAAAAGCAAGAAAAUGGCUGGCAGGGCUGUACUAUUGGCAGGACCCCCUGGAACUGGCAAGACUGCUUUGGCUUUAGCUAUUGCUCAGGAACUGGGAAGCAAAGUUCCCUUUUGCCCUAUGGUUGGCAGUGAGGUCUAUUCCACUGAGAUCAAGAAAACAGAAGUUCUAAUGGAAAACUUCCGACGUGCAAUUGGGUUGAGGAUUAAAGAGACCAAGGAGGUUUAUGAAGGAGAAGUCACAGAACUAACUCCAUGUGAGACUGAAAAUCCUAUGGGAGGGUAUGGCAAAACCAUCAGCCACGUAAUUAUAGGACUCAAAACUGCAAAGGGAACCAAACAGCUGAAGCUGGACCCAAGCAUCUUUGAAAGUUUGCAGAAGGAGCGAGUGGAAACGGGUGACGUUAUUUAUAUUGAAGCAAACAGUGGAGCUGUCAAGAGGCAGGGCAGGUGUGAUAUCUAUGCUACAGAAUUUGACCUUGAAGCAGAAGAGUAUGUUCCCUUGCCAAAAGGUGAUGUACACAAGAAAAAGGAAAUUAUUCAGGAUGUCACCCUGCAUGACUUGGAUGUGGCCAAUGCUCGACCUCAGGGAGGGCAAGACAUCCUCUCUAUGAUGGGGCAGUUGAUGAAGCCUAAGAAAACUGAAAUUACUGACAAACUUCGAGGAGAGAUAAAUAAGGUGGUGAACAAAUACAUCGAUCAAGGCAUUGCAGAGCUUGUCCCAGGUGUGCUCUUUGUGGAUGAGGUUCACAUGCUGGAUAUUGAAUGCUUCACAUACCUGCACCGAGCGCUGGAAUCUUCUAUUUCCCCCAUUGUCAUCUUUGCUUCCAACCGAGGAAACUGCAUUAUCAGAGGCACAGAAGAUAUCGUGUCUCCCCAUGGAAUACCAUUGGACCUGCUGGAUAGAGUGAUGAUUAUCCGAACCAUGCUGUAUACACCCCAAGAAAUGAAGCAGAUCACAAAACUUCGUGCUCAGACAGAAGGAAUUAACAUCAGUGAAGAAGCUCUAAACCACUUAGGGGAAAUUGGUACCAAGACAACCUUAAGGUACGCUGUGCAGUUGCUGACCCCAGCUAACCUGCUUGCCAAGAUUAAUGGGAAAGACAGCAUUGAGAAAGAGCAUAUUGAAGAAAUAAAUGAACUUUUCUAUGAUGCUAAAUCCUCAGCAAAAAUCUUGGCUGAUCAACAGGAGAAGUACAUGAAAUGAAGAGCUUAUCAUGUUAGGUGCUUUGAAGUGGCUUUAACCCUUAGCCAGGGCUGGCUUAGUUAUUGAAUGAGAGAUGUUAAUGGUUUGUCUCUUUUGGGACUGAAAAAUAUUUAAAUGUUGGGCUGGUUUGUCAGGCCAGAAUUAACUAUUGAGCGUUACUAUUUCAUUAUGAACAAUAAGAUGCUCCAUGACAUGUGUGUGUUACAACUUAGUCUCCCUUUUAUGAAUAUAUACAAAAUGAAUAGCUCUUGACCCAUCAGUUGUGUCUUUUAGAUUUCAUUACAGAAGAGCUCUAACUGAAGUUAAUGUUUAAGAACACUCUAUUUUCUUUAUGAAUGUUGUUUUAAAAUAGUUUCCUGUUACAGAAGAGAACUUUUUGUUUUUAAUCUAAGUUUGUCUGAAGUGCUUUGUAAUAAAAAACUCCCAAGAAUCUUGGAA